AUGGGCAGGAUCAUCUUCUACGAGGACAAGAACUUCCAGGGUCGCUCCUAUGAGACCAGCAGCGACUGCCCUGAGCUGUCCUCUUUCCUGAGCAGGUGCCAGUCCUGCAGGGUGGAGAGCGGCUGCUUCAUGGUCUACGACCGUCCCAACUUCAUGGGAAACCAGUUCUUCAUGAGGAGGGGAGAGUACUCUGACUCCAUGAGCAUGAUCGGAUUGAGAGAUUGCAUCAGGUCCUGUCGCAUGAUCCCCAUGCACAGAGGACAGUUCAGAAUAAAGAUCUACGAGAGGGAGAACUUCAGCGGUCAGAUGCACGAGCUUAUGGAUGACUGUGAAAACAUCAUGGACCGUUUCCGCAUGUCUGACUGCCAGUCCUGCCAGGUGAUGGAAGGCCACUGGCUGCUGUACGAGCAGCCCCAGUACAGAGGCAGGAUGAUCUACGUGAGGCCUGGAGAGUACAAGAACCUCAAGGAGAUGAGCAUGGGCAUGGAAGUGGGCUCUGUGACCAUGAGGAUCAUGAGCAUCAGGCGCGUUACUGACAUGUGCUGAGUUUCUGGCUGACCAUUCACACCUCUGUAGAGG